AUAGUUGAGGUGAUUGAGUUCCAGUUUGAGGUCCAAGAGGAAGGCCCAACUGUGUCUCGACAACCAAGACCUACCGUAACUGAAGUAUUCGACGCCUACUAUGACGAAUCCGCAGAAGAACCCCUUGAAAGUAUUGCCUUCGGCUCUAAGGAAGAAGAACGAGAAACCGAAUUGGAAGUUCUUCUUCAAAAGCUAGUUGUCGAAUGUGAAGCUGUGACAAAGAAAGAAGCUGAAGAAAAAAAUAACGACUUACCCAACGAUCGCAUAAAGGUUGCUAGAAUAGGAGGUGCCAAAGAAACAUACCCAGUUGGACCUUACUGCGAAGAAGUUGGAGUUAAGGAGGUUAAAGAAAAGAAAGAAAUCAAAGUCAAAAAGGAAGAGGCUGGAGUUGAAAAGGACGAAGAAAAAGAAGUUGAAGUUAAAAGAGAAGAAAAGGAAGAAACUAAAGAAGAAAAAAAAGAAAAGUAUGAGGAAAAUGUACCUGCGAGAAUCGGAAAAAUCGUAGGUGAAACCGAAGAUGAAGACGAUGACAACGAAGCUGACGAAGAUGAAGAAGAUAACGAUGACGACGAUGAGACAAUCGUAGACGAAGAAGACAAUGAAAAGAAAGAAGACGUAGAAGAACUUACCAAAAAAAGUAAAAACCUGGAUUAUGCCUGCGAAUCGUGGAUAAAGAAAGUUGAAGGAUUUAGAA